GUGGCGGGCGGCGGCUGGCGCUGCGGCGGGGAGGGGGCCGCGCUGCGGUGGUGCAUCUCCGCCGCCCUGUGUGCGGCCUUCCUGGGGCUGGGGAUGAGCAUCGCGGUGCUGGGGCCAACCUUCGACAAUCUGGCCGCCAACGUCCACAAGAACGUCAGCGACAUCUUCUUCAUUUUCGUGGGCCGGUCGCUGGGCUGCCUGGGCGGCUCGAUGCUCGGCGGCGUGCUGUUCGACUGCAUGAACGCACAUCUCCUCAUCGCAUUAUCCAUGUUUGGGACCACAGCUGGUCUUUAUGCCAUCCCCUGGUGUAAGGAAGCCCUGCUGCUGACUGUCUUGAUGUCAGUUAUUGGAGCUGCCAUGGGAGUUCUGGACACAGGUGGCAACGUGGUGAUACUCAGCACGUGGGGAGCGGAGUCUGGGCCCCACAUGCAGGCCUUGCACUUCAGCUUCGCCGUGGGGGCCUUUUUGGCUCCCCUCCUGGCUAAAAUGGCCUUGGGGGGCUCCGACUCGAAAGGCCUUCCAGUGGCGGAGCAGACAAACCAGUCUGUCCUGAGGCCUGUGCCGACAGCCCCAGCUGCCCCAGCUGCCCCAGCUGCCCCAGCUGCCACAGCUCCACCAGCGCCGCAGCACCACGGUGCAGACUUCCUGUGGUCCUAUAUCGUCAUAGGCACCUAUCUGCUGGGAGUCUCUGUGUUCUUUUUUGUCUUGUACUCGAAGGCCAGCUCCACUCGGGAGAAGUCCCAGGCCUCUGUGCAGAAGAAGGUGUACGCCAGGUACCACUAUGCUCUUCUUGGUCUCCUCUUCUUCUUCUUCCUCUUCUACGUGGGAGCAGAGGUCACUUACGGCUCUUACAUAUUCACCUAUGCCAAGGUCUUUGCCGAGAUGAAAGACAGCGAAGCAGCCACUCUGAACUCCGUCUUCUGGGGAGCCUUCGCGGUCUGCAGAGCCGUGGCCAUCUUCUGUGCCACUUGCCUGUACCCUGGCACCAUGAUCGUGCUGAGCCUCAUGGGCUCUGCCGUCUCCUCCUUCUGCUUGGUGUUCUUUGCCGGCCGCCCGGCCUCGCUGUGGCUGGGGACCGCCAUCUACGGCGCCUCCAUGGCCACCGUCUUCCCCAGCGGCAUCUCCUGGGUCGAGCAGUACACAGUGGUGCAGGGCAAGGCAGCUUCGCUCUUCGUCGUCGGCGCCGCGCUGGGCGAGAUGUGCAUCCCGGCCGUGGUUGGCUACCUGCAGGGCAGGUUUCACCACGUGCCCGUGGUGAUGUACACCGCCCUGGGGACCUCUGCCAUGACCGUCCUGCUCUUCCCUCUGAUGUACAGAUUGGCCAAGUGUCCCCCUAAGAGUGACCGCAAAGAGGUGACUGAGGGUGAGGUCUGCAAGGCUCUGCUGUCAGUCUCCAAUUCGCCUAACGAGGAUGAAGAGGACGAGGAGGAUGUGGCGGAGUGGAACGAAGCAGACUUUGAGGCGAUGGAAAUGAACAGCAGCCUGAGAGACUCUGUGGCACAGACCUCCUGGCAGAGACCUGGGGGCUCGCCAGCCGAGGUGUCUCUGCGUUCCUCUCUGGACAAUGUCUUGCACACUCCCCGUGCAGUUGCUGAUGGCUCCUUGGGGACUCAAGAGGAGGAUGCUGACCAGGAGAAGCACGAUUGAAGUCAGAGCUGACUGACUCUUUGACAAUGCAAUGGGACUGUGGUGUUCUUGUUAAGUGACUUCAGAAUCUUUCUUCAGUGGCACAGAGCUUGGCAUGCUCAGUUCUGCCUCUGUCCAGCCCUUUCCCCUCUUCCAUUGCCAGUCUGCAGCUGUGUGUUGGUGAGUGGCAGAGUCCUCGAUGACAGGGACAGGUGUGAGUGAGGUAACCUUGAUCCGACUCAACCCAUGACGCUGCCAGAAUGCCUGGACUGCUCUGGAGAUCAGAGCAGGAGAUGUUUCCUCCAUGUGAGGC